UGAGUUUUCCUUUAAAAAAAAAAAAAAGCACAACUCCGUCCUAUUUCCCCCAUUCGAUCUAACUGCACUCUGCUGAUUUCUGGCAUCGGAUACUUGUUUGCCUAACUUCACCAACUGUGGACUCCGAUACUCUCUUCUCUGACGACUCCAAUCUUUGCUACUCACCCCGUAAUAAGUGUUAUUGCAGAUAAUCAUGAUGCACCAUUUGUCAAGUAGUGUAUCAAAGAGAAUACUCUCUUCUGCCAUGGCUUUCUAUAGAAAUGGUUCUUCUUUCUCUAUGGUUUCAAGACAAGCAUACAGAAGCUCAACUCUGCAGCAGAUUGUUGACAAGUCACCACGAAAUGCUAUUCCUAGUGAUUUCUUGAAAUGGCGUUUGCUUGGUUGCAUUAGGACAUCAAAAUUUGCCUCUGGCUUCAGCCCGUUGAAGCAAAAGCCCUUGGACUCUAUUAUUGACAUGGAGAGGGCAAAGGAAAAAUCAGCUGAAGAGCUAGCUGACAUUUGGGAUGAUUAUCACUUGGGAAGAGGUCACAUUGCAGCAUCAAUGAAAUCUAAGCUAUAUAAGCUCUUGGAGCAAAGAGCUUCCAGUUGCCGGUAUUUUGUGAUUCCGCUAUGGAAGGGAAGUGGUUACACAACGAUGUUUGUGCAGGUGCAGGCACCCCACAUUCUAAUCACAGGUCUUGAAGAUUACAAAGCAAGAGGAACUCAAGCUGCUCCAUACUUCACAGUUUCUUACUACACUGAGUUUACUGAAAGCAAGGAUCUAGUUCUUGUUCGAGGGGACAUUGUCUUUACUAGCAAGCUCACGGACUCGGAGGCAAAAUGGCUUUUGGACACUGUACAAUCAUUUUACUUGAAUGAUGUCAGGUACAAACUAGUGGAGCGCUUUAACAGAGAAACAAGUGAGUUCGAGUUUAAAGAUGUUUUACAAACUUUGGAGAUGCCUAUAAUGUGAUUGACACAUCCAAUUUUCUGUCAUAAGAACAAUCAGAAGAGAUGGAGUUUGAUUGUGAAAGGAUCAUUCAAAAAUCAGCAACAGUAGGAUUGUAGUUCUCCUUGCCAUUUUGACAGGCAAUCGUAUCUGUCCAGCAUAAAAUGCUUGUAUUGCAUAGCUUAACAAUCUUUUCUUAUUUGGAUUUCUUUCAUUGAGGCAAAGUCAAGUAUCUUCAUGGUGCUUGGUUUGAUGGAAUGAACUGAAAUAGCAUAACAUCUUUUCUAACUUUGA